UCGGUUAUAAGAUGGCGGCGCUGAGCGGCGGCGGUGGCGGUGGCGCGGAGCAGGGCCAGGCUCUGUUCAACGGGGAUAUGGAGCCCGAGGCCGGCGCCGGCGCCGCGGCCUCUUCGGCUGCGGACCCUGCCAUUCCCGAGGAGGUCUGGAAUAUCAAACAAAUGAUUAAGUUGACACAGGAACAUAUAGAAGCCCUAUUGGACAAAUUUGGUGGGGAGCAUAAUCCACCAUCAAUAUAUCUGGAGGCCUAUGAAGAAUACACCAGCAAGCUAGAUGCCCUCCAACAGCGAGAACAACAGUUAUUGGAAUCCCUGGGGAAUGGAACUGAUUUUUCUGUUUCUAGCUCUGCAUCAACGGACACCGUUACAUCUUCUUCCUCUUCCAGCCUUUCAGUGCUACCUUCAUCUCUUUCAGUUUUUCAAAAUCCCACAGAUGUAUCACGGAGCAAUCCCAAGUCACCACAAAAACCUAUCGUUAGAGUCUUCCUGCCCAAUAAACAGAGGACAGUGGUACCUGCAAGAUGUGGAGUUACAGUCCGAGACAGUCUAAAGAAAGCUCUGAUGAUGAGAGGUCUAAUCCCAGAGUGCUGUGCUGUUUACAGAAUUCAGGAUGGAGAGAAGAAACCGAUUGGCUGGGACACUGAUAUUUCCUGGCUCACCGGAGAGGAACUGCAUGUAGAAGUGUUGGAAAAUGUUCCGCUUACCACACACAACUUUGUACGGAAAACCUUUUUCACCUUAGCAUUUUGUGACUUUUGCCGAAAGCUGCUUUUCCAGGGUUUUCGCUGUCAAACAUGUGGUUAUAAAUUUCACCAGCGUUGUAGUACAGAGGUUCCACUGAUGUGUGUUAAUUAUGACCAACUUGAUUUGCUGUUUGUCUCCAAGUUCUUUGAACACCACCCAAUACCACAGGAGGAGGCCUCCAUAGCAGAGACUGCCCUUACGUCUGGAUCAUCCCCUUCCGCUCCCCCCUCCGAUUCUGCUGGGCCCCAAAUUCUCACCAGUCCGUCUCCUUCAAAAUCCAUUCCAAUUCCACAGCCUUUCCGACCAGCAGAUGAAGAUCAUCGAAAUCAAUUUGGACAACGAGACCGGUCCUCAUCAGCUCCAAAUGUGCAUAUAAACACAAUAGAACCUGUCAAUAUUGAUGACUUGAUUAGAGACCAAGGGUUUCGUAGUGACGGAGGGUCAACCACAGGUUUGUCUGCCACCCCCCCUGCUUCAUUGCCUGGCUCACUCACUAAUGUAAAAGCAUUACAGAAAUCUCCAGGACCUCAGCGGGAAAGGAAAUCAUCUUCAUCCUCAGAAGAUAGGAAUCGAAUGAAAACCCUUGGUAGACGGGAUUCAAGUGAUGAUUGGGAGAUUCCUGAUGGGCAGAUCACAGUGGGGCAGAGAAUUGGAUCUGGGUCAUUUGGGACAGUCUACAAGGGAAAGUGGCAUGGUGAUGUGGCAGUGAAAAUGUUGAAUGUGACAGCACCCACACCUCAGCAGUUACAGGCCUUCAAAAAUGAAGUAGGAGUACUCAGGAAAACUCGACAUGUGAAUAUCCUACUCUUCAUGGGCUAUUCAACAAAGCCUCAACUAGCUAUUGUUACCCAGUGGUGUGAGGGCUCCAGCUUAUAUCACCAUCUCCACAUCAUCGAGACCAAAUUCGAGAUGAUCAAGCUUAUAGAUAUUGCACGGCAGACUGCGCAGGGCAUGGAUUACUUACACGCCAAGUCAAUCAUCCACAGAGACCUCAAGAGUAAUAAUAUUUUUCUUCAUGAAGACCUCACAGUAAAAAUAGGUGAUUUUGGUCUAGCCACAGUGAAAUCUCGAUGGAGUGGGUCCCAUCAGUUUGAACAGUUGUCUGGAUCCAUUUUGUGGAUGGCACCAGAAGUGAUCCGAAUGCAAGAUAAAAACCCAUAUAGCUUUCAGUCAGAUGUCUAUGCAUUUGGGAUUGUUCUAUAUGAAUUGAUGACCGGACAGUUACCUUAUUCAAACAUCAACAACAGGGACCAGAUAAUUUUUAUGGUGGGACGAGGAUAUCUUUCUCCAGAUCUCAGUAAGGUACGGAGUAACUGUCCAAAAGCCAUGAAGAGAUUGAUGGCAGAGUGCCUAAAAAAGAAAAGAGAUGAGAGGCCACUCUUUCCCCAAAUUCUCGCCUCUAUUGAGCUGCUGGCCCGCUCAUUGCCAAAAAUUCACCGCAGUGCAUCAGAACCCUCCUUGAAUCGGGCUGGCUUCCAAACAGAGGAUUUUAGUCUAUAUGCUUGUGCUUCUCCAAAAACACCCAUCCAGGCAGGGGGAUAUGGAGAAUUUGCAGCCUUCAAGUAGCCACACCAUCAUGGCAACAUCUACUCUUAUUUCUUAAGUCUUGUGUUCGUACAAUUUGUUAACAUCAAAACACAGUUCUGUUCCUCAAAUCUUUUUUUAAAGAUACAGAAUUUUCAAUGCAUAAGCUGGUGUGGAACAGAAUGGAAUUUCCCAUCCAACAAAAGAGGGAAGAAUGUUUUUAGGAACCAGAAUUCUCUGCUGCCAGUGUUUCUUCUUCAACACAAAUACCACGUACAUACAAGUCUGCCCACUCCCAGGAAGGAAGAGGAGAGAGCCUGAGUUCUGACCUUUUGAUGGUCAGGCAUGAUGGAAAGAACCUGCUGCUACAGCUUGGGAGAUUGGCUGUGGAGAGCCUGUCAGUCAGCUCUGCCCUUCUAACCACCAGAGCAGUGUGUGGCUGGUCACCUGACGGGGCAGCUGCAGUCGCCAAGCAUCGUUCUCUUUCCUGUUCUGGGAUUUUGUCGUGGAGCUCUUUCCCCUAGUCACCACCAGUUCAUUUCUAAGGGAUGGAACAAAAAUGCAGCAUGGCCUUUCUGUGUGGUGCAUGUCCAGUCUUUGAUAAAUUUUUAUCAGGUGAAGCUCUUUUAUUUAAAUGGAGAAUGAGAGGCGAGGAGGAGAUACGUUUUGGUGUAGGGGAAAAGGGAAUGCUGCAUCUUUUUCCUGACCUACUGGGUUUCUGGCCUUGUUUCCCUGCUCACUGAGGGUGUCUGCCUAACCAAGCAGCUGGAAAGUGCUGGCACACAUUGCCUUCUUCUCUCACUGGGUCCAGCAAUGAAGACAAGUGUUGGGGAUUUUUUUUUUUUUUUCCCUCCACAAUGUAGCAAGUUCUCAGGAAAAUACAGUUGAUAUCUUCCUCCUAAGCUCUUCCAGUCAUCAAGUACUUAUAUGGCUACUUUGUCCGGGGCACAAAAUGCCAUGGCAGUAUCUAAUUAAAAGCCUACAAAACUGCUUGAUACCAGUUUUGAAUGUGUGAGACAUUUAUGUAAUUUAAAUGUAAGGUACAAGUUUUAAUUUCUGAGUUUCUUCUAUUAUAUUUUUAUUAAAAAGAAAAUAAUUUUCAGAUUUAAUUGAAUUGGAAUAAAAUAAUACUUCCCACCAGAAUUAUAUAUCCUGGAAAAUUGUAUUUUUGUUAUAUAAACAACUUUUAAAGAAAGGUAAUUAUCCUUUUCUCUACCUAAAUAUGGGGAGUCUUAGCAUAAUGACAGAUAUUUAUAAUUUUUAAAUUAAUGGUACUUGCUGGAUCCACACUAACAUCUUUACUAAUAUCUCAUGUUUUCCUCCAACUUACUCCUACACUACAUCCUCCAUCCUCUUUCCAGUCUUUUAUCUAGAAUAUGCAACCUAAAAUAAAAAUGGUGGUGUCUCCAUUCAUUCUCCUCCUUCCUUUUUUCCCAAGCCUGGUCCUCAAAAGGUUGGGUAAUUUGGCAGCUGAGUUCCCCAAGUAGAGAAUAGAGCAAUUUUAGGUGUAUUGGGACAGAGGGAGGGUGUGUGAAGCCUAACAUCAGUUGUUUCUGUAGAAAGAGAUGCUGUGGUAUUAGAAACAUCAUUCUUUAUCUUUGCGUAAGUGGAAAAUAGAACCCAGUCGUA